AUGGCGCAUCGUAAGUUACAACAGGAGAUUGACAGGGUAUUCAAGAAGAUCAACGAAGGUCUGGAGAUCUUCGACACCUAUUAUGAGAGGCAUGAAAACUGUACGAAUAACCCAUCUCAAAAGGAUAAGCUCGAAUCGGACCUCAAGAGAGAGGUGAAGAAAUUGCAGAGGCUGCGAGAACAGAUCAAAUCGUGGCAAAGCUCACCUGAGAUUAAGAAUAAGGAUGCCUUACUGGAUUAUAGGAGGUCUGUGGAGAUUGCCAUGGAGAAAUACAAAGCCGUGGAGAAAGCUUCGAAGGAAAAGGCGUAUUCGAACAUCAGUCUCAAGAAGUCGGACAUGUUGGAUCCACAGGAACGAGAACGAAGAUGUGUCUCUGAGUUCCUUUCCGGUAUGAUUGACGAAUUAGAAAGGCAAUAUGACGGGCUUCAGGUUGAGAUCGAUCGGCUGAUAUUGCUGAAUAAGAAGAAAAAGACAGCAUCAUCUGCUAAUGAAGAGCAGAAGGAGCAGUUGAAAAGCUUACAGGGGAGAUAUAGGUGGCAUCAACAACAGAUGGAAUUGGCACUGCGACUUUUGGCCAACGAAGAGCUGAAUCCGGAUAGCGUGAAAGAAGUACAGGACGACAUAAGCUAUUUCGUCGAUUCUAAUCGGGACCCAGAUUUUGUGGAAGACGAGACGAUAUACGAUGCACUCAACUUGCAAGCUAAUGAAGCGAUUGCUCACGAGGUCGCUCAAUACUUUGCGUCUCAGCAGGCUGAAGAUAAUGCCGAUGACGAUGAAUUGAGGGAUUCAUCUAAACUAUCGAAGAAAGAGCAGAGAAAGAUGGAAAGAGAGGCGAAAAAAGCAGCCAAGAUAGCUGCAAAGGCGAAGACGGACGAGGAGGCGGUUGUCAGGGAGCCUGAGGCUCAGGACGUUGACAGGCCAAAAUCACCGGAACAGCAAGUGGAAGAAAGCAUGAAGAGCAUACAAUCGCCAGCCACAGGGGCAAGUAUCGCAGAAAGCCCGAAAUCUCCAACCGCGACUGCUCCAAAAGAAGCAUCCUCGUCACCGUCCUUUAGCAAUGACAACAGAGAAUCACAUCCUGGAUAUACGCAUAUUCAUCAAAGUUUAAAUGGUGUUACUACGACAAGUACCUUGAAGCCUGCGACCGUCCCAGCAAGACCAGCGGGAGAGCUAAAAUGGGCAGUAGCCGCUUCCCAAGGUGUUGAAAAGGACCGGAAAGCACCCGUUGCUACGCCAGCUACAAGCUUUACGGGUCUAACAAAUGGCAACACGCAAAACAUAUCAUCUAGCACAUCCGCUUCUUCCGCUAUGAGUAGCAGAAUGGCGAGCGCUGCAAACACGCCAAGGCUAGUUACUCCAUCCUUGGAACCAUCUAAUUCAGGCUCAUUGGAAGGUUCUUCGCCGUUUGUUAACAUCAACUCGGUAUCGGCCAGUACGGCAGCGGCUGUCCUUGCUGCGGGUGCGGCCGCCGUGCAUAUGAACAACAAGGCUAUUAAUAAGCAUAAUAAUCCAUCCUAUCAAUUGGCAGAGGUCCUCAAUAGCAGAAACAACAGUUCCGUAUUAAAUUCUUCAUUAGACUUGAGCCAGAGAGCAAAGAAAGAGGUUAAAACCGCCCCGGAACUGAUUAUAGAUGACUAUGAGGCUGAAUUUACCGAUGACGAAAUAGACGACGAACCAGUACCAGAAGUUCUGGUACCUGAAGAGCGUGCAAAACGUAUAAAGGCGAAGGAGCUGCUGACGAGGAAAUUACUUGAGGAUUAUGAGCUGCUACUAGUACCGAGUGGAAUUCAAGAGUUCAUAAUGGGUGUUCAGCUUUUCGAAAACGGUCUGGAGCCGCUUGAUGGUAAGUUGGGAGGUUUCAGACGCUCUCGCGACGCCUGCAGUAUACCGAGAUCGGAUGAGGUUCCAAUCGGUGUGAACCCGCCAGCGCCUUUGGAUGCUUUCAGAUCAACGCAGCAGUGGGAUAUUACUCGCUGUACACUAAGGUCCGUCGUUUAUAACAAAGAGAUAAGCGAGGAGCAAAGGUACGAAGCGAUUUUAGACAAGUUUAGGUCUUUGGAAAUGUUUACCCUAUUCUACAAUUAUUAUUUCGCCGUAACACCACUAGAACAGACGAUAGCCUCAUUGAUUCUCGGCGAAAGAAAUUGGAAAGUUUCCAAGAGUGGCACGGUAUGGUUUUUAAGGCAGGGAGAACCAAAGUUCACUAACGACAUGUGCGAAGUUGCAGAUUACAAAAUAUUUAAGCUGGAUGACUGGACCGUAGUAGAUAAGCCGAAUUACAAACUGGAUUACUGUACUUUGGGGAGCAGUCCCGAACAAUUAAAGUACCACCAGUCAAAUUUGCAAGGCGGUGAAGGAGAAUUUAAUAAAUUGAGCCACGGUCAGCAGUUACUCCAGCAGUUGAAGCAAGGUAAAGUCGCGACAUCCGCCUGA